AUGCAAGCGGAGCUGGGCCGGAAGUCUCGCGUGCUCAGCGAGGAAGAGCAGGAGAGUCGAGAUCAUUUGGGCACCCUGAAGCAAAAAUAUGAGCAGAAGAUCGCCAAGCUGCACUUGCACCUGUCCGAGAGAGAAGCCUGCGAAAGGAAGUUGAAAGGCUUCAUAGAGAACGAGAUUGACAUCUUACAUCAAUACAACAAGGACGAGAGCUGGAAGACUAUUGCAGGUGGCGUCGGGGAGGUUUGCUUGAGUCCGCGCGACCUGGAUCCACAUAAUAUCACUGUGGUGCAGCAGCUCUGGAAGUGGCGAGCUGUGGGUGCACCAGAAUUGUGA